AUGGAGCUACACAUGUGUGGCUUCAAUACGCACCAUCAACUCGACCAUAACCAAGACCAUCACAAAGACGAGAUCACACAAUUCUGGAAAGUCUUGAGGUCGCCUCAAAUCAACGUGUCGUGUGCACUUUGGAGUUCCACAGUCAUUCAAAGUGAUGGGACUCUUCUCCAUCAGGGAUACCGCCCAUCGGGACUUUAUCCCACACUGAUAGACGGUCCACCACCGAGAAACAUCAAGACCAUUUUCGGGGAUACGAGCGGCGUACUCGGUGCCCUAACUACAGAUGGAUGUCUCUUUCUCUAUCACGACGACUGCGGCAGCAGAGUUGGCCCAGAGUUUAAGAAGCACCGAUUCCCCGAAGACAGCUUCAUUGUUCAGCAAAGCUUGGCGAUUGAGCAUCUUGCAAUUGCUGAUAAUGGUGAAGUCUGCAUCUGCACCAAUAGCGCGUCCCGAAAGAGACAUUCCGGUGGAAACACGCCCUCACUGUCAGACAGUACACCGCACUUUCUGUUCUCUCCACCUACUGCCAAGAUCGAGAUCCAACUAUUUUCAUCUUUCCAGAGCCUCCUGGUCUGCGAGCCUGCAACGGCCACUCACUUUAUUCAAACACCUUUAUUUUCUUUACUAUCUUCCGCUACGAGUUUUACCGCGUUGACUGUAACGCGUGAGGUGCUGACUUUCGGAUCUGCCUUGCAUCCUCAGAGUCUUGGACGAGAUCCAACCGUAUCCAAUCCUGCCGGUUCACCCUGUGUAAUUCCCUUCUUGGGCGGUAUCCCGAUCGGCAAGAUCGCCGUCGGUGGCUGGAUUGGCGCCGCGGUGUCUGAGGAUCGGGAUCUGUAUAUCUGGGGUGGACGUGCUGGUGAGGAUAGGAGAAUGCACGCUUUACCAAAGUUCUCAGAUGACGAGACAGUCCGGCUAGUGGAUAUCAACGGUGGGGUGGAUAUCUUGCAGGUAGGCGUGGGAUCUGGGCACGUUAUCGCGCUGACGGCAGAGGGCGAAGUCUGGGCUGCGGGAGAUGGAGAAUGUGGGCAACUUGGCACUGGGGAGAUGAGAUUUGAAGAGGAUUGGGUAAGAGUUAGGGGCGAGUGGGAGGAGAGGGGAAAGGUGGUUGGUUUGGGCUGUGGAGUUUGGUGUAGCUGGAUAUUGGUCGAUACCCGGACGACGAACGAAUUAGAGCAGUAG